GUGAAAAGAAAAACCCAAUUUUUAAUUAAUAUCAUCCAAAAUGGCUGCUUCUAUAUAUGCCACCCCACCGCCAGAUCUGAGUAGCGAGGACACUGCUCUUUCCGAUGUAUCCAAUUCAUCGACACUUAACACAAAUCGUGGCAAUACGACACAAGAAGCCUCAGCAGCAGCAGCAGGAGGAGGAGGAGCAGCAGCAACAACAACAACAACAACGACACCAACAGCCGGAACAACAACAACAACUACUACUAUAACAACAACACCAACAGGAGCGAGGGGAAGAACCGAAGAGUCGAAAACUGAAGACACAGACAUUGGAGCCAUGUCACCCAAUCAACAAUUGGAUAAAGAGACGGAAACCGAGCUAGAAGAGUCAAAAGUCACAGCGGGAAGCAACACAAAUGAGUCGCUGGACGAUGGCGACAAUGAAACGGGAAUGCCAAUUGGAAUGGGUGUGGGAGUGGGUGCUGGAGCUGGAGCUGGUCAGCAGGAGGCCAAUGCUAUGGCGGCAAUGGCUGUGGCAGCAAAUGCAGCAGCCAUGCAGCUGCAGCUGCUGGAAGCCCUCAAUGAUGCGGCCAAAAAGCGACGCAAACAACACAAUCCCAGUCGUCUGGAUGCCCUGAAUUUGAGUGGUGGCGGCGGUGGUGAAAGUAAUAUAGCCACUGGCAUGGAUAUAGAUGGAGUCGAUGAUGCGGAUGCGGAUGCGGAUGCUGGUGAAGAUUAUGAAGAGAAGCUAUCGAAAAUGUUUCUACCCAAGUCGAUAGAACAGUUGAAAGAGACAUUCGAAAUGCUGCAGCAUCAGCAGCAAAAGCAGCAACGUGAAGCCGAUGAGGAGCAUGAAUUAGAUGAGCAGCAGGACCAAGACCAGGACAUAUCACAAUCUCAGGCAGAGGGCAAAAAUAAUGAUGAGAAUGCAACCAUUAGACAGAAUCCGUAUCAGACAUUCUGUAAGGAAUGUGGCGAGAAUUUUGAAACAGAAUUCAAGCUAAGUCUACACAUGCUGCAGGAUCAUGGCAAUCAGGAUCCCGAGGGUAAUGAAAUUGAGCCCAUGGAUUUCUUGGCCUCAAUCAAAGUGAAGCUGGAACGGGAGACGGACAGUCCGCAGCAGCACCACCAUCAAUCGCAUGGCCAUCAUCAAGAGGAGCAACAGUUGCAGCAGUCACAACAGUCGCAGUCGCAGUCGCAUCAGCAACAGUUGCAAUUGCAUCCAUCGGACUUAACCAAUGGACAUGCCAAGGAGCAGGAAUUGUGGUUUAAUGCCAUGACACAGCAGCAGGCAGGAGGACAUCCUGGCUUCCCCUUUGGACCUGAUGCAGCAGCUGCUGCGGCCGCCUUGGGAGUGGGUCAUGGUGGCUACCUUCCACUAUUGGGCAUGCCCGGUUUUCCCGGUGUCGAUGGCUUGAAUCGUCCGCCAUUGCGCAUCUUCAACCCGGAGGCCUAUUGCGAGCUCUGCAACAAGGAGUUCUGCAAUAAGUAUUUCCUGAAAACCCACAAGGCCAAUAAGCAUGGCAUCUUUGAUCCAGUGGGUGAUGGUGGCAUCUCCUCCUCCACUCCCAAUCCCGGCAGCAUCAUCAACAACAAUAAUAAUAAUAAUAACAACAAUAAUAGUACAAAUACCAUUAACAAUAACAAUGGAAAUCCAGCGUCUUUGAUGUUUCAAAUGCCGUCACGUGAGAUUGCAGCCCCAGCUGCCAUACCGAAGCCGGAGCAACAACAGGCAGGUCCAGGAUCUGGAUCAUCUGCUGCUGUCGCCCCACCGUCAGCUUCAGUUCAUUGCGAUAUCUGUUCAAAACGUUUCACCAAUGUCUUUGCCAUGCGACGUCAUCGGGCCAAGCAGCACGAUCAACAGCAACAGCAGCAGCAGGUGAUAGCAGCCGAUUCCACGGGACCAGCAACAGGAGCCCCACCACAAUCAUCAUCAUCAUCAUCGUCAGCAGCACAAAACACAUUGCAAUCGCAGCGGGAUAGCCCCAAUGAGGCGCUUAUCAAGCAGGAAGAGAUAUCCGAGAUGAAACCAUUCAAAUUGCCCGAUGGCUUUCGUGAGGAUUUCACUCUGGAGCAGGAGGAUAUGAGUUUCGCUCCACAGCCCAGAAAGAUGUCAUCGCAUUUGCAUCAGCAGGCACGUGACUCCAAUUUCAGUCCGGAUAAGCUGCGUCGCUUGGGUGUCCAGUAUCCCGAAUACUUUUGCGAGAUCUGUUUCAAAGAGUAUGCCAAUCGUUAUUUUUUGCGUACUCACAAAUGGAAACGUCAUGGGAUAUUUGUACCUCCAGAAGAGUCGGCAGCUUCAAAUGCUGGCAAGGAUUUAGAGGUGCCUCCACCGCAAAUGAACUCUUGGCCAUUUAUGCCACUUAAUUUGAUGUUGGCCAAGGCAGCAGCUGCUAGCAUGGAACAGAAUGAUAUGGAGCAGGAUGGCAAGGAUCAUCUAGAGCAGGAACAGCAGCCAAGCAAGCGUAUCAAAUUGGAGCCGCUCAAUGAUAGCUACGACGACGAGAAGACAAACGGAGGAGUGGGAGGAGGAACUGCAGCAGCAGCUGCUAAUCCCUCCUCUGUGGUUGGCCUACAGAAUUUACAGAAACUUCAAUCGAUGCUGCAGCAGCUCAACGAUUUCAAUGGCAAACGACCACUGCCCUGUCAUCUGUGUGGCCGCGAACUGGAGCAUCAGUAUGCCCUGCGGGCUCACCUGAUGACCGAGCAUGCCGGGCAAAUGCAAUUACCCCUGCCAUUGGGUCAAAUGCCCCUGGUGGCCGGAGAGCCACCACAUCCGCUGGCCGCCAUGUAUGGCCAGUCGCUGCCCAAACUAUCGCCAGGAGGAUCAGUCGCGGAUGUGGGCCCCAUGCCCAUUGCCCCAUCGCCCACCAAUGAGCUGCGCUGUCAGCCCUGCGAACGUGACUUCUCCAGUCCACAGGAAUUCAAGCAACAUAUCGCCGAAAUGCAUUUGACACGCUCCGGUUCUCUGAUGCCCGGCGGUGGGGAGGGUUUCUUCACGCCCGCCGACACACGUCCCGCCCUACCGGCGGCCGGGGUUGUUCCAGCAGCGCCAGCCAAUCGUCCAGCCUACACCAUCACGCCGACCAGCAGCUACUGCGAGAUCUGCAACAAGGAGCUAUGCAACAAAUACUUUAUGAAGACCCACAUGCAACGCAUGCAUGGCAUUGAGAUCGAGAAUGGGGCCCAGAUUGGCGGCGUUGUGUGCAACAUAUGCAACAAGGAGCUAUGCAGCAAGUAUUUCCUGCGUGUUCACAAGCACAAUACGCAUGGCAUUGUCGAGGAGGGUUCUCCCUUGCCCCAGCCACGUGGACAGAACGGGGUGAAGAUGGAGGCAGCUGCAGCAGCAGCCCAGCAGCAGCAACAACAACAGCAGCAGCAGCAGCAGCAGCAACAGCAGCAACAACAGCAACAGCAACAACUCUUGGAGCAGGAACUCAAUCUCUCGCCACCAAACGCAGGAUCCAGCCAGGGCGAUGGCCCUGGUGAGAUUUGUCCUCUAUGUGCUCGGCAAUUCCGUAGCUUCAAGUGGCUACGCACCCAUCUGAUAAGCGAACACGGACCAGCUGGCCUAGAGAAGCUCAGGGACUUGGAGCCCUCAUCCCUAGCCGGUCUGUCCAAUUCGGCAUCCAACAAUUCCAAUCAUUCCAGCAAGCCAAAUAGCCCAACGCUCAAGAUACCCAAUGGCCAUGCGGCGGCACCGGUUACACCAGCUGUAGCAGCUGGAGUUGCAGCUGGAGCAACUGCACCCAAUUUGGCUCAGGCUCUGCAGAAUCUGAAUGCCCAGCAUUUGUUUGGACAAAUGCAACAGCAACUGCCCAAGGGCUUGCCCCUACCCGGACUCCCGAACAUGUUUGCUGGGGCAGAGCAGCAAUCGCAACGAUUCAAGGAAUACCAGUGCUCCCUGUGCCCCUUCACGACACCCUACUAUGCUUUCCUCUUUAUUCAUGAGCGUUCGCACGCCUUGCUCAACAAUGGACAGGCAUCUGGCGAGGCAUCUGAGAAUAAUCCCCCAUCGACGACAGCCAGCUCCAGUUCGGGAGCAGGAGGAUCAGCAGCAGUAGUAGCAGCAGCAGCAGCGGCAGCGGCAACGGAGAUGGCAAACCUCAAGUCCUCAUCAUCAUCAUCAUCUUCUUCAGCGAAUUCCACAAAAUCGAAAAGUAAAUCAAGUAAAUCGGCCCUAAAUAACGAUACAAUGAUGAUGAUGGAUCAUGCGCUGGAUGUGCCCACCAAUUUAAGCAUCAAUUCCCAUUCCCAGAAGGCCAACUCGCCCAUAGAAUCGCCGAAAGCCCAUUCGAGAUCACCCAAGAAUCGAUCGACCUCAUCUUCAUCGCCGAAUUCAUCGCCGCCCAAGGGCAAUACACCGAAUGGCCUGGUCCUGGCGGCAGCGGCCGCAUCGUUGGCCACACUUCAACAGCGUUCGGCGGCCACCUCGCCCUUCGAGGAUUGCAAUCAGCUGGCCAAUGGCAGCGGCAAACCGGUGUCCUAUGCCCAGCCCGAGAAGACAGAGGAAGCAUAUCAAAUGCAGGCCUUUCAUCUGCAACCAGUCGAUGCCGAAGCUGAGAUACGUUUUGCCCCAGCUCUGGUGUAUUUACCAGUGCGCGGAGGUCGUCCAACGGAAUCGUCGGCCAUCAUUAGCUUUAGGCUAACGCCGGCUUAAAGCCCCCACUCCCACUCCCACCCCGACCCCCAAAACCCCUCCUCCACCAAAACACACUCACACACACAACACAAGCAACACCCGUUCCCCACAUAAAAUGAAAGCAACAUAUGAUGUACACAGUGUUGCCAGCGUAAGUGAAAAAUCCUUUUUUCCCUGCCCCACCUACACACACCACCCAAAGAACCACCACAAAACGACACCCAAAAAAUUCCAUCUCAAGAAAAUCCUCCAUUUAACUAAGUAUAUAUAGUAAGAAAUAGUGGAACUACAAAAGACUGAGUGCGCAUAUUAGUUGAGCUCAUUAUUAAACAAAAACUAAAAAAAAAAAAAA